GUUCCAGUUCGCGAGAAAAUUUAGAACCCUCGAGAAAUCGAGGGACUAGAUAAGAAUAUUGAAAUUUCGAGGGGCUUUCUGAAAAAAAAAAGGGGAAAAAUAUGUUUAUCGAGAGCUUCCGAGUUGAGAGCCCGAACGUGAAGUACUCACCCGACCGAAUCAACUCGGUUUACAACUACGAGACGACCGAGUUGGUUCACGAGAAUCGGAACGGUACAUACCAAUGGAUCGUCAAACCGAAGACGGUUCAAUACGAACUCCAAACCGAUACUCGUGUUCCAAAAUUAGGGGUUAUGUUGGUGGGUUGGGGCGGGAACAAUGGGUCGACGUUAACUGCCGGAGUGAUUGCUAAUCGAGAGGGGAUUUCAUGGGCAACGAAGGAUAAGGUUCAGCAAGCGAACUAUUUUGGAUCAUUGACACAAGCUUCAACGAUUAGGGUUGGGUCUUUCAAUGGGGAGGAGAUCUAUGCUCCUUUUAAGAGUUUGCUUCCAAUGGUUAAUCCUGAUGAUAUUGUGUUUGGUGGAUGGGAUAUUAGCAAGAUGAACUUGGCUGAUGCCAUGACAAGGGCCAAAGUACUGGACAUUGAUCUUCAGAAGCAAUUGAGGCCGUACAUGGAAUCCAUGGUUCCUCUUCCAGGAAUCUAUGAUCAGGAUUUCAUUGCUGCUAACCAGAGCUCUCGUGCAGACAAUGUCAUCAAGGGGACAAAGAAAGAACAGGUUCAGCAAAUCAUUAAUGAUAUCAGGGAGUUUAAGGAGAAGACCAAGGUGGAUAUGGUUGUGGUUUUAUGGACAGCAAACACUGAGAGGUAUAGUGAUGUUAUUGUUGGGUUGAAUGAUACUAUGGAGAAUCUGUUGGCUUCUUUGGAGAAGAAUGAGCAUGAGAUUUCUCCUUCCACUUUGUUUGCCAUUGCUUCUGUUAUGGAGAAUGUUCCUUUCAUCAAUGGAAGUCCUCAGAAUACCUUUGUUCCUGGAUUGAUUGAUUUGGCAAUCAAGAGGAACAGUUUGAUUGGAGGAGAUGAUUUCAAGAGUGGGCAAACAAAGAUGAAGUCAGUGUUGGUUGAUUUCCUUGUUGGAGCUGGCAUCAAACCAACCUCAAUUGUAAGCUACAACCAUCUGGGAAACAAUGAUGGGAUGAACCUUUCUGCACCUCAAACAUUCAGAUCAAAAGAAAUAUCUAAGAGCAACGUUGUUGAUGAUAUGGUUUCAAGCAAUGGUAUUCUCUAUGAACCUGGAGAACAUCCUGACCAUGUUAUUGUCAUCAAGUAUGUGCCAUAUGUAGGAGAUAGUAAGAGAGCCAUGGAUGAGUACACUUCAGAGAUUUUCAUGGGUGGGAAGAGCACCAUUGUUUUACAUAACACUUGUGAGGAUUCACUUCUGGCUGCUCCCAUUAUUCUGGACCUUGUUCUUCUUGCUGAACUUAGUACCAGGAUUCAACUCAAGGCUGAAGGAGAGGAGAAGUUCCAUUCCUUCCACCCUGUUGCUACUAUCUUGAGUUACCUCACCAAAGCUCCUCUUGUACCUCCAGGCACACCAGUUGUGAAUGCUCUGUCAAAACAGAGAGCAAUGCUGGAGAACAUCCUGAGAGCCUGCAUUGGAUUGGCUCCGGAGAACAACAUGAUCUUAGAGUACAAGUGAAGAAGAGGAAGAAGAGGAAGGGCCUUCUUGUGUUUUCCUAUCUAUUAUUUAUGUCUUUGUGAUCCUUCCUUCAUUCUGUAAAACUCUUUAUAAAUGAGUUUGUUUGUUUGUUUGUUCUA